AUGUCUACCAUAGACGACCUCGUCGCAAGACAGAGCCAUUACAUGGGCUCCAUCAGAAGGGCACUGGCAAAUUUCAAAAAGCUAGGUCAAGCCAAAAUGACCUCAGCUAUCACACACCAACGCCUGGGCACCCUCAAGGAGAUCUACGCAAAAUGCCAGGAGCUAGAUGCGGAAAUUCUAGUGCGAACGGACCACAAGAUCCAGAGCUCGCAUCCCUAUUUCACCGAGGAGCGUUUCCUCUCUUGCGAAGAAGCCUUCAACGAAGCAGCGGAUUUCAUGGCCGAGAUCAUCUCCCGCACCGACCAGGUCCAAACCAAAGCAGCAGCCGCCUCCGACCUUCCGGGAACAGCCUCAACACGAUUGCCGAAGCUACGACUGCCCAGUUUCGACGGAAGCUUCGACAAAUGGGAAACUUUUCGAGAUAAGUUCACCUCUCUGAUUAUAAACGAUGUUUCUUUGACCAAUGUCGAUCGCAUGCAUUAUUUAUCAUCAUGUAUAACGGGCGACGCGAGCAACGCGCUAACGCACCUCGCGGUAACGGACUCCAAUUUCCCAGUUGCAUGGAAAAUCCUUUCGUCGCGAUACGAAAAUAAGCGUCGUUUAAUUGCAUUUCACAUUCACGCGUUGCAUAAUUUGCCUAUCGCUCGUUCCGAAACGUUCCAAAAUCUUCGCGAUUUAAGCGACAAAGUCAACGCUUCGAUUCAAGCGUUGCUCAAUCUCGAUCGUCCCGUAAAAGAAUGGGAUGAUAUGUUAGUUUAUCUUGUAUCUGAAAAACUUGAUCCCACCACGAGGAAAGCUUGGGAACUUCAUCUCGGUGAUAGUCUGGAUUAUCCAACGUUUGAGCAGAUCAACCGUUUCCUCGCUUCGCGAAUUCGCGCGUUAGAAGCGUUACCGAACGUACCUGUCAUAAAGAGUAAAAUCAGCUCAAAUGCCAACGCUAAACCAGAACGCUUUAAGAACAUCGCAUCUCAUUCCGCAAACCAAGAAAGCUCGCGCGGUUUUUCAUCGCAUACAACAACCGUUUCAUCCGCGUGUCCAGUUUGUCGCGCCAAUCACUUGAUUUAUCAGUGCGAUCAGUUUCAAAACCAAACGCCUUCGCAAAGGUAUACAACUAUAAAAAGUUUCAAACGAUGCGUUAACUGCUUCAGCGCUAAGCAUUCAGUCAAGGACUGUACGAGUGCUCGAUCUUGUAAACAGUGCGGCAAAAAACAUCACACGUUAUUACAUUUCUCCGACAACGCGUGUUCGAACUCCAACGACUCCACUACGUCAACAAAGUUACACAACAAUGUUACCGACUCUCUUGCCUCGACUCAUGUGUUGUCGAAGGAAGAGAACGAUGUUACCGACACGCACCCGACUAAUCAUGUAAAUUCAAAAGUGACCGCGUCAGCGCAUUCCGUGUUGCUCGCGACUGCACGCAUUCAAGUUUAUGCGCCCACCGGGCAUUUCAUACAUGCUCGUGCGUUAUUAGAUCAGGGCUCCGCGAUUACCAUUAUAACCGAAAAUUUAGUUCAAUUGUUACGACUAAAGAAAACGCGUCAAUCAGUGCGCUUAUCCGGCGUGGGGGAUACCGGGAUGACAGCGCACCAUGCCGUUCAAGUCCAAUUCUCUCCCGCUGACGCGCCGCAGCCGGUGUUUUCCACAACCGCGAUCGUGUUAAAAUCACUCACUAAAUACGCACCUCAACGAGUAAAUUCACCAUGCCGCUGGCCCCAUCUCGAACGUCUCAAUCUUGCCGAUAACGAUCCUAUGAGCUCCGAUCCAAUCGAUCUAUUAAUCGGAGCUGACCUUUACGGAUCCUUAAUGCUCGAGGGUGUGCGUAAAGGGUUCGUUAAUCAGCCGAUUGCUCAGAAGACGAGUCUCGGUUGGAUUUUGUCCGGUCCAGUGUCACAUCCUGUCUCUACCCUGUCCGUUUCCACGCAACAUGCCAUCAUAUGGGACACCCUGAGCGAUGACCUUCGCCGGUUUUGGGAGAUCGAGGAGCUAUCCGAACAACCUUAUUCUACUCCUGAUGAAAAUCAGUGUGAGGAGCAUUUCGCUGCCACGCAUUAUCGCUUGCCAAGCGGUCGUUACACCGUUCGCCUUCCUUUUAAAGCCGAUCCCUUAAAAGCUCUGGGAGAAUCUCGAGCAACCGCCCUAUGCCGGUUUACUCAGUUAGAACGGCGUCUUUCUCGUGAUCUAAACCAACGCACCUUGUACCACGAUUUUAUCGCAGAGUACUUGCAACUCCACCAUAUGGAACCGUCCAAUCCAAACACCAUCGUAUCCAGUUCUCGAUAUUACAUACCUCAUCACGCCGUUUAUAAAGCCGACAGCGGAACUACACCGCUCAGAGUCGUUUUUAACGCGUCCAGCCGCACCUCCACGGGGAAAUCUCUUAACGAUUGCCUAUUAAUAGGUCCUAAGUUACAAAAUGACCUUCCAUCCAUUUUAAUUCGUUGGCGGCAUUUUCGAUACGUCUACAUAGCGGACAGCGCCAAGAUGUAUCGGCAAAUACUGCUCGACCCUCGUGACAGAGACUUUCAAACCAUCUUGUGGCGCAAUGCGCCCACCGAUCCCGUAGCAGAAUAUCGUCUGUGCACCGUGACGUACGGAACCGCGCCCGCAGCUUAUCUGGCCCAACGUGUGCUCAAGCAGCUCGGCGAGGACGAAGGGGCCUCUUAUCCUCUGGCUUUGCCCGUCCUGAAUCGUCAAAUGUACGUCGAUGAUUUCAUUUUCGGCGCUGACGAUCGUCACCUCGCGCUUCGCACGCGCGACCAAUUAAUUCACCUUCUCGACAGGGGCGGCUUCCGCCUUCGAAAAUGGGCGAGCAAUUGCCAGUCUUUACUGACGGGAAUCGAUCCUUCUGAUCACGGUCUAGCUCGCGAAAAGCCUUUCAACGGCGACGAAUCGUUGAAAGUCUUGGGAAUACACUGGAAUCCUGAUUCCGAUACCCUAAAGUUUCGAGUUCGCAAACAGAAUAACCCUGGCAAUUCAAAACGAGCAAUAUUGUCCGCAAUCGCUCGGUUAUUUGAUCCCCUCGGGCUCGUAGCCCCAGUCGUAAUCACCGCCAAAAUGUUAAUGCAAAAAUUAUGGUCCAUAAAAUGCGGAUGGGACGAAGAGGUGCCUCCUCCGCUCCUCCGCGAAUGGAUGCAAUUUUAUUCCACACUUUCAGCAUUAGAUAACAUGGCGCUGCCAAGAUGGACGCAUCACUCCUCCGAUACCCUCCAGUAUUCCCUGCAUGGCUUCUCCGACGCCUCCAGUCACGCAUACGCCGCAGUG